AUGUGUUAUCGUUGUGGUCAGGAAGGGCACAAAACGCAGGAGUGCGCCAAGGACCCGCACUGCGCAGUCUGUAGCGCAAAGGGUCUGAAGGCGGCGCACAAAGCUGGCGGAGCUGCGUGCCCCAUGCCUUCAAAGAAGGCGAAGAGGAAGGCUGGACGCGAGGAGGCCCAGAAGCAGAGGACGCAACAGAAGGAAACUACAAGGAAUACAGAGGCCCCGCUGAACGACCUGGGCGAAGCCAUGGAAGUGGAGGCGCUCAUCCCUGUAGUUGUGGCUAGCACGGAGCCACAAGCGGCAACGAGAGAGGGUACAGGCCAGGAGGAGGCCUCUCAGCCGGCGCCUUCACGGCAUUAA